GUAUUCCCUACAAUUUCUGUCAGUCACGUCAAUCUAAUCAAACCAAAAAUAGACAAAAUUCAAGUAAAAAAAUCAAUUUGAAACCUAAAUAGAAAUACAUUUUAUUCUACUAUGGAUAAACAGAAGCACACCUUUAUAGAUGCAAGAAAUAUAGGUGAUAUAGUUAUAGAACAGUGCAGGGAAGAAGAGCCGAUGGAACAGAUCUCCAGUUCAAAGAAAGUUCAGCAAAAAGGCAUACUCUCAGAGCGAGGUAUUAGAAAGUGCACUUCUUGCCAUAAGCCAAAAAUGAGUGAAGUUAUCGGAGAUAGUCAGCAGAAUAUUUGCCGAAAAAGGGAAGAAUUGGUGCUGCAGACGAUCAAUGAAUUUGCUGAACAGUUAAGAUUAGAUCCAAACUACGCUGAAACAAAGGGAUUGCUGAUCGAGAAAGGCAUACGAAAGUAUACUGAAAAUCAAGAGGCGUUCAUAAAAAGAGAUUAUAUGCCUCCAGAAAAAAUAGAAGAACACACAGAGCAAUCAAGUUGCGUUUAUCGAUCGCCUGGCAUUAAAGAUUUGCGCAUAGAGAAGGGCUUAAAAUUAAGCUGGGAAAAUAAAAAGAAUACUUUAGAAAAUGGCUCCUUCGAUAUGCCAAAGAUUCUUAACUAUAUUCAACAAUUUAACAAAGCUUUGGACAACAAUUCCGGCAAUAUAAAUUGGACGGACUUUCGCAAAAAUCUGCUAAAAAUACAUCGUUACUAUAUGAAGCAGCAUAGUUUUAUCAGUUCUGAUGAAGAAGAAUAUGCAGUAGAUGAUGUAGGAGAGAAUUCAUUGAAUAAAUUUAUUGGACAAGACUCCAAAACUCUGAAGAAUAAUGAAUGCUGCCAGUUCAACAGUUUAGAUUUGAAAAUGCAAGAAUUCUACAUGAAAUACAAUCAAACACUAAUCAAUAGGGAGAAGACCUUUAAAGAGAUGAUGAUACUUCAAUCAAUGCGUAAACAAAUCGGACAGAGACUCUCUCAAAUCGAGAUGGAAAUUCACGCGUCUCGCUCUCAACUCCAGAAACGAGGUGUGCACAAUAAAUGAGCUAAAAUUGUAGGCUUCUUCGUUCUUCGCUCUUCGUCUCGUCGCUGUUCCAAAAUGAAAUCUUCAAGUUGGUAAUUUUACUUGGUCGAAGGACCACAAUUACUGUGAUUGUUGCCCUGCUACCUCGUUAUCAUAUCGAAUACUUUUUGCAUACGGCAAACUCGGAAAUUGAGAAAGCCAUAAAGGUGUGGCCAAGUCAAAAUUUGUGUGUCUGUCUCUUCGUCUGUCAACUGAUGGCCGAUAAACGUUAUUUAAUAAAUUCUCAAGUAUUUCAAAUUAUGUGGUAAAUGCUUUGGGAUCUUUUCUGAAGAUGGAAGUUGAGGCUUUGAAUGGGAUAUUAAUGGAGCACUACAAAAAAGAAAAGUAUUUUUUAAUGAUUCUUCAAUUAGUAUGGAAUUGGAUCGUAAUGAAAGUUUAUAUAGCAGAAGAGAAUUUUUAAUGAUUUCUUGAUUAGUAUGGAAUUGGAUCGUAAUGAAAGUUUAUAUAGAAGAAGAGGAUUUUUCUGUAGUUUCUUAGUUUUCGAAAACAUGCAUAUAAUUCUUUAUAAUUGUUUUCUUUAUAAGUAAUGAAAUGUAAAUCAAAAUAUGAAUUUGUACUUUAAAUGAAUAAAUGUGAA